AUUUUUAAAUGUUUCACAGAAUUGUCUUAUAGCUGAAAUAUAUCCUACAAUGAAAGCAUCAGCAAAUCAACUACAGAAUCCAGGUUAGACCAUGGAUUGCCACUGAGUAUACUUACUUUUAAAGAAAAAGGGGAAAAGGUUAAUGAAACAAGUGUUGCAAAGUUUAAUGAUUUAUGAAAAAUAUGUCACUUUGACACGUAUUGGUUUAACUGUAUACUUGGUAAAGAAUUAUAGUUUUAGGAAUAUAGUUGAAGGACAGUAAGUGAUCAUACGCUCAGUUGCUGGUAAUCAUGAGAUUCAUCAUCUUUGUUCUUUAUCUACUUGCUGCGUUUGGUCAUGGAAAAUGUGGGAAUGUUUUAGUUUGGCCUACUAGAGGCAGUCACUGGAUCAAUUUGAAGAUAAUUUUAGAAACAUUGAUCGACAAGGGACACAAUGUCACAGUUCUGGUGCCGAAUCCCUCUCCUUUCAUGGAUACCAAAGAAUCGGAUCGCUUCUCCUACCAGCACUUCAGUCUGUCCAUUACCACACAGGACUUGCAAGACUUCUUUCAUGAACUUUUGCAUUUCUCAGUGUAUGAGACUGAUCAGUUAAACUUCCUGCAGAUUCAAAUUAAAUUCUACGAAUUUGCUUCCAAACAUCAGGAAAUAUCCUUGUCAUACUGUGACGGUAUUCUCAAAUCUCCAGAGUUGAUGGAUAAAUUGCGAAAUGGAAAGUUUGACGUUCUUCUGUCAGAUCCACUCUUACCAUGCAGCGAUAUUGUGGCUGAAGUCCUAAAUCUUCCCUUGGUUUAUACUUACCGAUUCUCCAUAGCUCAUGUUCUAGAGCGGAUGUGUGGUCAGAUACCAGCUCCUCCAUCAUUUGUUCCUGGAGCCAUGAGCAAACUCACGGAUAAGAUGAGCUUCACAGAGCGAAUCAUCAAUAUUCUCUUCUACCUGUCUGUAGAUCUUACUUGGAUUAUUGCUUUGAAAAAGUUUGACAACUAUUACACCGAAUAUUUAGGACGGCCCACUUCAUAUUGUGAGAUGAUGGGUAAAGCUGAUAUUUGGUUAAUCAGAACCUACUGGGAUUUUGAGUUUCCUCGGCCAUUCGUGCCCAACUUUAAAUAUGUUGGAGGUCUUCACUGCACCCCUGCCAAACCAUUACCAGAGGACAUGGAGGAGUUUGUACAGAGCUCAGGGGAUGAUGGGAUUGUGGUCUUCACUCUGGGGUCUAUGAUAGACAAAAUGCCCAAAGAGACGAGCAAUAAGAUCGCCUCCGCUCUGGCACAGAUUCCACAGAGGGUCUUGUGGAGAUAUAAUGGAGAGAAGCCAGAUACUUUUGGUGAAAACACCAGAAUCUAUAAGUGGCUCCCUCAGAAUGAUUUAUUGGGUCACCCCAAAACCAGAGCGUUCAUCACUCAUGGAGGCACUAACGGCGUAUAUGAGGCCAUAUAUCAUGGAGUUCCAAUGGUCGGGAUCCCCUUGUUUGGUGACCAGACUGAUAAUUUGGUUCAUGUGAAGGCCAGAGGGGCUGCUGUUAGCAUAGACAACAUCAAGACCAUGGAGCCACAAGACCUGGUGGAUGGACUCAAUGCCGUCAUUAAAAACUCCUCGUAUAAAGAGAACGCUAUGCGUCUGUCCAGGAUUCAUCAUGACAGACCAGUGAAGCCUUUGGAUGAGGCUGUGUUCUGGAUUGAGUUUGUUAUGCGUCAUAAAGGAGCUAAACACCUGCGUGUCGAGGCCCACAAUCUUACCUGGUACCAGUACCACUGUCUGGAUGUGUUCGCUUUUCUCAUCACUGUCCUGACUGUAGUCCUCUACGUCUUCUUUAAAUUGUGCAAAGUCUUCAUAACGCGCUGCUGUUUUAGAGGAAAAAGCAAAAAAGAGUGAUUGAUUUUAACUGAUACAAAAUUGUAUUGCCAGUAGGAAAUAUCAGUUUAUGUUUCAAUGACUCGUUUUAUAAUGAAUUGUAUUGAAUUGUAUUGAACAAAGAGUCACAGAUAUUUAUUGUGUCUGUGAUUACAUUAAGAGACAGAAAAACUGAUAUUUACUCCUGGUAGACUAAAGCAAAAUUACAAAAAUCAGUGUUUAGAAAACAUUUCUAACAUGACUUUUGCUGAGUACUGUAUAAACAUUAUCUCAAAAGCUUGAGGUCAAUAAGAUUUUUUAAAUGUUUCACAGAAUUCUCUUAUAGCUGAAAUAUAUCCUACAAUGAAAGCAUCAGCAAAUCAACUACAGAAUCCAGGUUAGACCAUGGAUUGCCACUGAGUAUACUUACUUUUAAAGAAAAAGGGGAAAAGGUUAAUGAAACAAGUGUUGCAAAGUUUAAUGAUUUAUGAAAAAUAUGUCACUUUGACACGUAUUGGUUUAACUGUAUACUUGGUAAAGAAUUAUAGUUUUAGGAAUAUAGUUGAAGGACAG